CUAACCCAGCUCUAUCCAGCCCCUUAAUCAUAUAUAUAUAUAUGCUAACCACAUACAUGCACAAAUGAAAAUUAGUUUUAAGUUAAAAAGAUUAGAAAUUGAGCCACCACUAAUUAUUAUAAUUAGGUGGGUUUUUGUGACGAAGAAAGAAAAGUUUGAUUGAACGUGUCAAUCAUUUUGACUUGUGCAUGCCCCUAAAUAUGAAUAAAAUACCCUCUACUCUAUGUUAAAAGUACCUUUCUUUCACUGUCUAUCUCCCUCUCCCCAGCAAGCAAUGCAAAUGCAAGUCUCCUUCAUUGUGUUAAAAAAAAAGAACAACAACAGAAACAAACAAAAGCCCUCUCCUCUUUCUUUUUUUCUCUUUUUUUCUUUUUGUGGGUGUGGUUAGGUUAUUGCAUAGGGUAUAAUAAUAAGCAAUACAAGAAGAGGACUGAGUUGGGUCUUGGUUGAGAGAGAAAGAGAAAGAGAGAAAGAGAAACCCCAUUUCAAGAGAGAGAGAGAGAGAGAGAGAGUUGAAACUUGUCUUCCUGCAGCUUCAUUUUUCUGGUUUGGAUAAUUGAGAGACACAAAGAGAGAGAUGGGGAGAGCACCAUGCUGUGACAAGGCAAAUGUGAAGAAAGGGCCAUGGUCACCUGAGGAAGAUGCCAAGCUGAAGGAGUACAUUGAGAAAUCUGGCACUGGUGGCAACUGGAUUGCUCUCCCUCAGAAAGCUGGUUUGAAGAGGUGUGGGAAGAGCUGCAGGCUGAGAUGGCUCAACUAUCUGAGACCAAACAUCAAGCAUGGUGAAUUCUCUGAUGAGGAAGACAAGAUCAUCUGCACCCUCUUUGCCACCAUUGGCAGCAGAUGGUCAAUAAUAGCAGCACAGUUACCAGGCAGGACUGACAACGAUAUCAAGAACUACUGGAACACCAAGCUGAAGAAGAAGCUUAUGUCCAUGGCUCCUCCUCCUCCUCCUCACUCUCACUCUCAAUUCCCCUCAUACCAUCAUCAUCAAAGAAAACCAUUCCCUUCUCCAUCUCCCUCUUCACUCCUUUACUCCCCUCUUUCUGCUGCACCACAAACUUCUCCAUUCAUGAAAUCUUCCACUGGUUUCGACAUGAUCUCACCGUUGCUCCAAUCCAAUCAUCUCCUUGGCACCACAAGUUCCUCCUCCCUUUUCCAAUCCCUUCAAGAAGCUGGAAACAACAACAACACUUUCUUGAACACCAUGCAAUACUACAACAACAACAACAGCAGCUGCAGCAGCAACUUAUUAGUGUUUGGAAGUGGCGGCACUCAGCAGGAAGCAUCUGCAGGAGCCAGUUGCAGUUCAAACUCGGACGGGAGCUGUGGCGGCCAGCAAGGGCUCAACUAUGGAACCAGUUUCGUGAAGCAAGAGAUGAGUGGUAGCAAAACCGAGGUAGGAGAUCACAGUAAGUUCAUGUUCAACUAUCUUCCCACAAACAUCAGCAACAACGGUGGUGGGUAUCAAGCUGCAGCUAUGGCGGAUCAUCAUCAUCAUCAUAAUCAGAAUCUUGAGGAGCAAGUGAAGCAGCUCAUCAUCACGCAGAGUUGUAGCGAUGAGUAUCCUGACAAUAACAAUGGCCUUCUCCUCGGUAAUGUUGUUGAUGAUGACAACAAGGCUGUGCAGGAGAAGCUCAUGUACUAUUACUACUAGAUCAAUUUUUCAUCAAGAGCUUCCAAAAAAAAAAAAAAAAAAGAAGAAGAAGUAAUAUAUAUUUUAUAAAUGAUGUAAUUUGGGGAUGGAUAAAUUGAGUGUUGAUUUUUAUAUGAUGAUCCUGACUGUGUAAGUAAAUAUAAGAGGCUAGGAACUAUUAUGAUUUCCAUUCAAAUUUUAUGGGAUAAUUCAAGUAUCAAAUCGUAAAUAUAAGAGAAGGAAUUCUUGUAUAUUAAUGUUCACCAAGCUCAUUAGUACGAGGCCUUUUUGGGGAGGACAUCUAAAUGUAAAAUUGUGCGGGUUUGGCCAGAAGCGGACAAUAUCAUACUAAUUCACACAAAUUAUCUUGUAAUACUGUUAAUUCCAAGUUUGUUUUUUUGUGCCAAUUUCCCUUUUGGUAGGAGAUUUUGAUUAUAGGAAGCUGUGUGUUCUUGUUCUUCUUCUGCUACUGCUGCUGCGGCAAGCUCGUGGAUCAGAGAAUAUUUUUGCAACUCUCAUGGAAGAGAAGGGAAAGAAAUUAAUGGAGAGAAGAAAAAAAAGGUUGUAUUGAAUUGUAUCACUACACCAUCUCAUGGUUGGCAGAGAGCAACAGAAAACAAUACAAAAAAAAAAAAAAAAACCCAAGUACGAUUCUUGCUUGCCUCUCUUCUUUUGAAACAUAUAAAAUAUAGGAUUUCCCCUUUGGACAUAUCCAUUAUUAGGGUUUUUUCAUUUUUUGUUCUUAUUUGAACCCCAUAAAUUUUAUUCCUCAGAUCACACUGAGUCAUAUUAGUACUGACAGCGAUUUCCUAUCCCCCCCCCCCCCCUCCAUUUUCUCCCCAUAUUCUAAUAGGGUUUUUUUGUGGAAAACCCUACUCUACCCUCCAUCUUGGUAACCCAUUUUGGAUUUUGGAUCAUGGUUGGGAAACCACUGGUAUGAGGGCCGAUACAACGAGUUUCAACCGGUAAUAGAAAUAAUCGGUUGGAAUAUAUACCACUAGUAUGAAGUGGUAGUCAAACCGUUAAGGAAUUUAAUCUGGUUAUACUUCGAGUCUGGAGCAUAUCACUUAUUAAACCAGUAUAUAAAUCGGUUCGAUAACCUUGGAUUGGAUGGUUGGAGAAAAGGGUAGUGGCAGUCAUUCCACUGUAUGCAACUGGCUUGUUAAGGAUUGUUUUUAUUUAUUUAUUCCCCCUUGUGGAAAAUAUUUAUUAAUUAUUGAAAGAAGAGGUCUGACUCCAAGAUGGGAACUUGUCUUUCCCUGCAAAAAAAAAAAAAAACCCAAUUUUUAUAAAUAAAAAAGGUGAUGCUUGGGUAAAAGCUUGGAUCUUUCUGCCUCUGUCCGACGAAACCCUUUUUGUUUAAUUGAAAAAUGUUAUACAAUGAUUGAUUUUUUUGUUCACCAUAAUCUCAGUCUUCUGCAUAAUUCAUUGGUGUUUGGUCUUCUGUUUUCCUACUGGUUUUCUGUAUUAUUAUUAUUAUAUAUCUUUAUAUACGGUCUCUACCUACAUGUUCCAUGUAUAUACUACGUAUAGGAAUACGCAUUAGGGGCAAUAAUUAUGAGAUGGUGAUGGUGUGGAGAUCAAUUUCGGUAGAUAUGAUUCCCUUAAUUAUCAUGAUAUUAUUAAUUGUAAUUAAUUAAUUUAAAUAUCUAUGUGGAAAAUGCAACUAUUGGUGCAUACAUGAAAGACCUAAAAGAUGAGAUCAUGGUAUGAUUGGUCAGCGGUGAGAGCACUGUUCAAUAUUUCAAACUUGUGAUGAUGAUCCAACAUCUUAUCAUAUUAUCACUUUCCUUCUUGUUUUUUCAAUUUUCGGGGCAUAGUUUCUUUCUUGGCCCCUAGUUUUUUUUUGUUUAUUCCCAACGAUGAAAAGAGUCUAGAGCCUAGACCAUGACUUUGAUCAUUUCUAACUUCUAACCACAAACACAAAAUCAUUUACCACAUCACAUACAUAUAUUUGUGAGUAAGACCCUCUAGAAGAUGAUAUGAUCCAUGUUGCGAGUCACCAUACGCGAGGUUACGAAGUACGGACCAUAAUGCAAAGCAGCAAAACUAACGUAAAGUGAGGUUAUUCACUACGAAUGACAAGAACCACGUGAAAAAAUUCGUGUCCCGUGAAUUCUCGUAUGGUUUUGGAUUUGAUUCUUAUGUAUGAGACUUAUUCGUGGAGAUCUCCGUGAAGAAAGGCCUUGUUCACAUCGAGCUGAUGCGGUGACCAAGAUUCUGUUAAUUAGCUGCAACUUACAUACUUACUCAUCAUAUGGAAUCAGUUUCAUUUGGCUCUCUGGACUAUGAUUCGAUAGAGAACAAUUUGACGCACUAUCUUCUCAAUUUAGGCAGCUAGAUUAAAGUACUUCAAGAAUAAUGAUUAUUCAAUCUCUCAGCAAAAACUUUGCCCUUGACGAGUGUUGUUCGAUCGAGCAAUUAAUGUGUGGAGCACAAGUCUUCAUUUCAUAUGGCUCCUCUAUCCCCUUUUUUUUAUAUAUUUUCAAUUCGUAGUAUGUAAACACAUUUUGAUAUUUACCGAUGUACUUCUGAUAUUAACUAUUUCAGGUCACAUUUUAUAAAAUCUAUAUUGUCACCACAAUCGAAAUUGUUUAUCAAACAUGCCACAAGUAUGUUAAAAUUCCGACAUUAUUCAGGAAUAACCCCAUAAUAACACAAUCAAACGUAAUAUACUAGUAAAAGAAAAUUCAGUAGCCGUACUAGUAGUGCAUAUUAAAUCCACAAUCUCUCAUCUAACACCAUUACAUUAUUAAAGAAAUAAUUACACGUUAAUUACAAACGAGUGUACACAUGUCCAGAAUCCACACGCAAACUACUCUCAAUGAGCUGUUCUAACUUAACUACUACGACUAGUUUUAAUCCUUUUUUUUUGUGUAUAUAAAAGGAAAGGAAACGACAGAGAAUUUGUACGUUCAUGGCGAUCGAGGUGAUUAGAUCAAAUUAAGCGUAUACUCACCAACAUUACCAGCUACGUACUAUAUUUGGCCUGCAGUCUGAGCUUCUAUUGGAUCAUCAUCCACCAAUAAAUUAACUACUAAUUACGUACACUUUAGCAAAUUAAUUAAUUGAUAAUUCUGUUAGAGAGCAGGUAAUUUAUAGGUGCUGUGGAUAUAUAUAUAAUGUGUGCAAGAAGUAGUUUAGCUAGCUAGACCGCUAUCUAUCUCGAAAUAGUACGUAUUUGGUAAACUUGGAAUUUAACCAACCUAGUUAUAACCAAUUACAGUAUUAUACUAUAUAUGUAAGCUAACUUGAUGUGGAUUAUCAGUAGGAAUGACAAUAAUUCGACUCGCGUCGGGUAAUUUGACUCAAUUAUCAUGAUCUUAUAUGGGUAUUGGAUCUAACCCAAAAUGGACCCAAACGCGUACUUUUAAUAAUUUUGAAUUUUGAUUGGGUUUUAUUUAGUUUGAUUUGGGUCAACUCAUUUGGGAUAGAUUCAAAAUGUGUCUAUUUGGUUCCACAUAAUUGCAUACACGAAACGAAAAAGAUAAUACCGAUGAUCUCUUUUUUGUUUUUUUUUUUUUUAACCCGGUUUUUUAUUUGAAACAUUGAUGAGUUUUAAUUAUUGGAUUUAGGAUCCACGUAUGCAUGGCAUGUACAGUACGUCGGUAGGUGAUUAUUAUUAACAGUCUAAAAGAGUGAAAACUACGACUCUUAAUUACUUACAGUUAUGUCAACUGUCAGUAGUUGGGUGAAAUUUUUUAGGCAAACCCGCAAUAGCGAAAGGAGAUAAAAAGGCACUCAUAAUUGAGGGCAAUGAACAUUGAUACCGUGUGACACAAGUAAGCAACGAAAUGCUUAAUUGACUUGAAUUGGAUCCAUCCAUCGAUCGAUUUUCUAUUGGCUAAAAAUAAUAUGAAUGAAAGCUGAGUUUGGCAGCCCCCGUAAGUAGCGUUUUCAACUUUGAUUCUCGAAGCUGCCAUCUUAAUUAGCUUCUUCUUUUUUCCAUUUUCUGGGCUUUCUUUGUCAACUACGGUCGGCUAGCUAGCUAGCUGUUGUUUGUUUAUUUAUAUGUUGUCAAUAAAUUUAUAGGUUUGGA